UAUUUGGCAAGAGCACAUGUUACCAAGACUGUCGUCCUAGCAAGUUUGCGGUGGAAAAAAAUAUGCUUACGUCUGUAAACCCAAAAUAAAAAAAAAGAAAAAACAAAAAUGAAAAAAUGUAUCUCGUUCAACGUCAUUUUAAUUACUCGUAUAUGUAUUCGUUAACGUGUUAAUUAUAAUUAAACGUUUAUGAUAGUUACGACUCAUUGAAGAAAGUUUUAUCAUCUCCUAGAAGUGUUCGAUGAACAUUAGAGACAGAAUGUUGCUGUUAUGUGCAUAAAGUUCGCGUGUGCAGAUCAUCGCGUUCAAUUAUUAUUGUUAUUGUCGGCGAAUUUACUCGUAUUUUACGAAAAUUUGUGCAGUGUUGUGAGCUUACGUUUUGGGCCCAAGCUUUGCAGGUGCAACAAUUGGUACACCUUUCAACGUCGACUCGAAUCGACCAGCGAACAAAAUGGAGCCGAGUAAACGACAAAAAAAAUCCAUUUUCCAAAAAUUAUUCACCGGUCAAGAACUGCUAACAUCAUUAACGGUAAUCUCAACUGUAUUAGCGGUACUCGUCGGUCUCUCGCUUCGUUCCAUUUACGCGGAUAGAAAAUGGUCCGAAAGAGAAAUAAUGUACAUUCAGUUCCUGGGAGAUUUAUUCCUGCGGAUGCUGAAAAUGUUGAUCAUACCGCUUCUAAUGUGUUCAAUCAUAGCGGCUAUAGGAACGCUAGAUCUCAGUCUGUCCAAAAAGAUCGGUCUCCAAUCGGUCGCUUACUACGUAGCAACCACCUCAUUGGCGGUAUUCCAAGGUAUAUUCUGGGUAUUAACCAUUGCACCUGGUAAAUAUGCUCAAGAUCCAAGAGUCAACGGAACAAUGAAAGAUGAACCAAAAAGAAACGUCACUACGGUCGACACGUUACUCGAUUUAGCAAGGAAUUUGUUCCCACCGAAUAUUAUUGAAGCUUGCGUAUCUCAGGAUAGAACUGUGUUGACUUAUGACCCGAUGGAUGAAAAAAUGGAUAUAAACGAUACGUUAACGUGGAAAAUGACAAUGGAUGUUACCAGAGGAACCAAUGUUUUGGGUUUGGUGGCGUUUUCUAUCGCUUUAGGAAUAGCUUGCGCACGAAUGGGGCAACGUGCCAGACCCUUCAUUGAAGCUGUCGAAGCUUUGGGUGAAGCUGUUAUGAUGAUGACAAAAGGCGUAAUAUGGUUCUCACCUUUCGGUGUGUUUUUCUUGGUAAUCAAGAGUAUUUUGGAAAUGGAAAGUUUCGCUGUAUUGCUCGGUCAAAUGGGCCUGUACUUCUUAACAGUUCUGCUAGGAUUGUUUGUUCACGGCUUUGUAACCGUACCGAGCAUAUAUUUAUUAUUCUUACGGAAAUUCCCGUUCAAAUUUAUCAAGAACAUGAGUCCUGCUAUAGUUACAGCCUUUGGAACCGGAUCAAGUUCGGCAUCUUUACCAGUAUCUAUGCAUUGUUUAGAAGGGGCGAACAAGGUGGACGUAAGAGUAAGCCGUUUCGUGAUGCCGAUUGGUGCUACUAUCAAUAUGGAUGGUACAGCUUUAUAUGAAGCAGUAGCUGCUAUAUUUAUCUCACAAGUUAAACGCUAUUCAUUGAGUAUCGGUCAAAUUUUAGCCGUCAGUGUUACAGCCACAAUGGCGAGUAUUGGAGCUGCUGGAAUUCCUCAAGCAGGUUUAGUUACCAUGGUCAUGGUCUUAGAUACGGUCGGCUUACCAGCAAACGAUAUUGUGUUGAUUUUAGCUGUUGAUUGGCUAUUGGAUCGUUUCCGUACCGUUGUCAACGUACUAGGCGACGCCAUCGGCGCUGGAGUUAUCGCUGUGUACUCAAAAGACGAACUUCGAAGACUGGACGAAUUGGCCAAAAACCAAUCUUACAAUUACCCAGACACUGCUCCAUCUGCCCCGAAUGAAAAUUGGAACAUGACACCUAUGUAAAUUAAGAUUGUUAAUCGAGUAUUUUUUUUUAUUUACAAUUUUUAUCGUGUAUCUUUCUUUCUUUUUUUCGCCGUUGUGCCGUCGCAUAUCUAGAACUUCAAGUUUCAAUUAUUAAACUAUACAUAUUAACGAUCGACAUGUAAACAUCUUAACAUAUAUACCUAUACGAGAAUACUGAAAAUUUGCAUUUAUAUUAUUUAGUACGACUUUUUUUCUUUUUAUUAGUUGUGUGAUUUUGUUGUAAUGCUUUAAUUGUAUUUAAAAGAAAAUUUUAAUCUCAUACCAUUUAAGAAAUUAAAAUCAAAUUUUGUAUUUUUAUUUUUAAAUAUACUUAAACGUUUGUAUUUUAGAUUGAUGACAACUUUUCAAAUUUGACACCGAAAUAGAAAAUAAACCACAUUCAGAGAUCAGUACCUAUUUACCUAAAUUAAAAUAAUUUCUAUACGAGUAAAUUAUCCGUGUUUUCAAAUUCUAUGAUUAAAAAGUUCUUAAAAUCGAACUAGUCCCCUUUUCUUUAGGAUAACUAUUGCGCAUUCAAACGUGCGGUCUUUAUCUAAAAAUUCGUAAGUGAUUUUAAGAUUUAUUAUAUCGUUAUUGAGUAAUUUUUUUAUAAAUUAAUAAGUUAUAGCAUUUAAGCUGACAGUCUCGAUUUUUGAAAAUGAAAAUCGAGUUUGUGGAAUUUCGUUGAACCGGCUAUCUCAUUAAAAUGAGAAAAUUUGUGUUCGUAUGUUAACGUAUUUCCCAGUCGAAAGAAAUUGUACAAAUAUAAUUUCUCAAUGCUUUUGAGUUUUGUUUAUUAUCUAGGCAUUUAUUUUUUUUAUUAUAUCUAUUUUUCUGUUGAAUUUUUCUUCGUGUUUUAGUAGUAUCUAAUACAUAUAUCUGUAGCUAUUUUUUGUGUACCUAGGUAGUCUCUUGAUAUACAUAAAUGUGUGUUUAUCUAGGAUAAUACAUAUUUUAUAGCUGAGCCUUUCUCUGAAUAAGUAUACGAAGUUUUUGUAUAAAUUUUACUAUUUAUUACCAGUCGAUUUCGACUUUAAAAAAAUGAUGAACAUAUGCAAUUAGAUGAACUUUAAGUGAUUAAAUAAAAAUUUUAAUAGCUGUGAAGUAGUGGUAGAGUGAUUGAAAAAUAUUUGCCUACUCGUAAUAGUAAUUUCUUACUUGUAUCAUAAAUUAAGUAUCUAAUUUUAAUAAAUGUUCGUGAAUUUUU